AAUCGAAGCACGCAACACACGACUAUCCGUAUCUUUUGGUAGAAUCACACACGUCGCCGCACAACAAUCAAAAAGAUCAAACUAGUUCAAAUAUUUUGAGUGAAUCGACAGGGGUUUUGAAUAAUUAUUAUACCCAAUGGCUAUGAUAUGCUAAUUUAUGAAACCAAUCAAUAAGUUCGAUCAAGCAAUAAACCAUUAAGAUUUAAUAGGCCACACGAUUUAGUACUUCAAAUCAUCUAGCAUACUUUUUAACAAUCUAUUGCGAUAUGCCGUGGUUCUGGCAUUUGACGUUAACGUGUCUGGCCGUGCUGAGCAGUGGCUCCAUCAAGGGCUUAUAUGCAAAUAGUGGAUCUGUAAGCUGUGGUGGUUUGCUUUGCCGUCCAGUAACUGGAAUCUUUACACGUGAUCCAUUGCCAGAGGAUGCAUACGUGCAUGUAGCCACAAUACCCGCUGGAGCAUCGAAUAUAUCCAUAACUGAACUGAAAAAUAGUGCAAAUUUACUUGUACUACGCACAAGCGAACAGAAAAGCAUUUUUAAUGGCGAGAAUGAAAUAUCCGAUAGUGGAUCAUAUGAGGCUGUUGGAACCACUUUCGACUAUCAUCGCAUCGAUGGAGUUCAGCAUGGAGAAGGCGUAACGGAAUGGAUUACAAGCACAGGUCCCAUUAAAGAUGCUGUUGAACUUUGGGUAUAUAGCAAUAUACUUAAUCCGGGCAUUAAAUAUGAGUACCUGCUUCCCAUUGUCUCUGAUUCUGAGGAGAAUGAAUUGUCCCUGGAGAGCAGUGAUGGCUUCUUGAAAGCUGGCGCUGGAAGUGAGGAUGGCAGCUCCGUAAGCAGCUCGCGUUCCGGACGUAGACGUAAAUUCAAUUGGAAGGUGGUUGGCUUCAGUGCCUGCACCAAAUCCUGUGGAGGCGGCACCCAAUCCCCAAUUGUGCGUUGUGCCCGCGAGAAUCCGGUGCGUUAUUACUCCCAGCGUCGUUGCAGCCACUCGGAGAAACCUGUGCUUAAUGAGAACCUGCUGCACUGCAACACACAGCCUUGUCCCGCCUACUGGCGGCAGGAGGAGUGGGGAGAAUGCCGUUGUCAGCAUGGCGAGUCAGUUCGUCGUCGAGAACUGAAUUGUGUCCAAGAGCUGGCAUCUGGCAUUGUGAUUCAUGUCGAUAAAGCCGCCUGCAUGGAGGAACAGCCGCCCAGCGAGAAGCAAUGCGAGUGUCCCAAAGAUCGUCCUCGUAAAUCUGGACGUUAUCGAAUGCAUUUGCAUUCGAAUUCGAAUUCACCAAAUGGCACCCACAUCAAACGUAAUCGAGCUCAAAAGAGAGUGGGCGAUGCCGUUUGGUUAAUGUCCGAGUGGAAUCAAUAUUGUUCGACGUCGUGUGGACCUGGCGUCCAGUAUCGCACCAUAUUUUGUGACCGUCCCAAGACAAAAGCGGAGCGAUGUGAGCCACGAGACAUACCAGAGAAUCGUCGGCCUUGUGAGCAAACAGCCUGCGAAGUGGGAGAUUGGUUCACAGGUCCCUGGUCACCCUGUAGUGGCGAUUGCUUCAACUUAACCCGAAGCCGACCCGUUUUAUGCAUUAAGAGUCAACUUAUCACGGAUGAUGAAGAGUGUAAUGCAGAUUUGAAGCCGCAAGUAAUGGAGAAUUGCUCGCAUGAAGAGAUCGCUUACUGUGCUCCUCGCUGGCAUUACUCGGAAUGGUCAGAGUGCACCAAAUCCUGUGAUGGUGGCACUCAAAGACGCAGCGUUAAAUGUCUGGAGUACGAUGAGAAACUGAAUGCUCUACGCGAAUCCAAUAAAUGCAGAUACGCUCUAAGAGAACCGAUCUACCGUAACUGUAACACCCAGAAGUGCGAAGAUCUAACUAACGAACUGCUCCAAAACGAUCAAGCUGCAGAAUGCUCGGAUCAUUUUCCAAACUGCAAAUGGGCUGUAGAAGCGAAGCUUUGCAGCUAUGAUUAUUAUCGGGAUAAUUGUUGUAUUUCCUGCACAAAGCUCCAUUAAAUCGAAUACAAAAAAAAAAAUUAACGAGCUCUGUUCAACAAAGUUUAGCUUUAUUUGUUGCGAAAAGAAAAAGAAGAAACGAUAACAGUGAUCUUAAAGCAAAUUCUUAAAUAUAUUCAUAAAUGUUCAUUAGUUCAUACAUACAUACAUAUGCAUAUAUUUAUAUAUUAAGCAUAAACUUUUACCUAGCUGCAAAUUCUCAGUGUGGAUUCCAAUUUAACAUACGAGCGCAUUUACAUUUAUUAAUACGAGUACAUACUAUUUAAGUACUGAAAUACAUACGUAAUAAAACUUAAUAAUAAAUAAAAGCAAUUGUACUAAAAAUAUCUCACAUACGAUAAAUGUUGAACCUGAUGUUGAUUGAAGUGCCACAAUUAAAGAUAUUAUAAAUUUUCACC